UCAUGUACCUUGGCACACUGAGCACCCCAUGCAGCAGCACACCACGAAGAAGUCUGCAGCCAGCCAGCCAGACAGACCAACAACAACACAAUGUGCACACGUCGCCCGCAUUGCCCUGGCAGUAAGUGCUGUGCUGUUCUGACCUUCUGCGCAGUCUGUGGGCGGGAUGUGGUAUUUCUCUCGUAUCUUGGUGCGGUAGUACCAGUUGAGUAGGAUCAUGGCCACCGCAAAGGCACCGGCGAGAAACCCCAACGCCACCACGGCAGGAUGAUGCUCCCACACCUCCUGACACACACACACAAACACACACACACAGAGAGAGAGAGAGAGAGAGAGAGGAGAGAGGGGAAUCCAUUUUCUCUCUUCCCUUCUCUGGUGUAGUGCUGACCGCAUUGAGCAUAUCCUCAGUCACGUUAUCUAUGCCGCCUUCCUUGUCAGCGAUAUCCAUCCGCACCUGUGUGUGUGUGGACGAGCAGAGACACAUACAGAUGAAGGGAUGGAUGGAUGGAUGGAUGGCGGUUUGACGCUUUCCUGGUUGCGGAGGAUGGAACCGGUGGUUGAUAAGACGAAGUACGCCAACCACGUCAGCCCUGGACGGACGGAUGAAUGAAGAACCAUGGCGACACAGAAACGAAAAGCACUGCACUGCACCGCACUUUCCUUGCUCGUGUGGCGCCCACCGAAUAUGGCCAGUCCCCAUGUCAGCUUGAGGAUGGCCGAGCGGUUGAGCGAGAUGGCCUUGAUGAGCCAUCCGAAGCCAAAGAACGUCACCAAGCAAGACGGCCAAUGGCUGAAACAGUCCAACACGCCGUCAGACCUGUGAGGGGCCAGAACAGAAAGACACAUGAAAGCCUGUAUGCCCGGUUGCAGGCGACGUCAGAACCAUGUGUUCUGCCAUCUGCUGAUGUCGAUCUGAACUUCUGGCAACGGACCUGUCAGUACGUGAGGAGGGAGGGCAUCAACACACACACAGGGCGGUGCAAUGCAAUCAUGAGAGAUCUGUCGGCCCUUCCUUUAUUGGUUACCUGCUCCAUAGGUUUGCACCAAGGGCUGAGAAGCCAUCCGCUCG